AUACCGUAUUUAUUCUAAAAGUGUCCAGCCGUCCAUGAAGGCAGCAUAAUGUAACAUGUAAAAGCGAGAGCAAAACCUGUAGGAGGAGGCGGGGUAAGGGGGUUGGGUUGUUGAAUGACAAGACCAGAAGGAAAGACGGUUCGAUACAGUGGUGAGCGCCAGUGAGGAUGACGAUGCCGCAUGUAGGGGCAGUGUUUGCUGCAAUAGCAGGAGUGGUCGCCAUCAUGUUGCACUCUUCCAUUCACAAGAUAGAAGAAGGGCACCUUGCUGUGUACUACAGGGGUGGUGCUUUGCUGACUUCUCCCAAUGGUCCUGGAUAUCACAUCAUGCUGCCUUUUAUUACCACCUACAGAUCAGUGCAGACGACACUCCAAACUGAUGAGAUCAAGAAUGUGCCUUGUGGAACGAGCGGUGGUGUGAUGAUUUAUUUUGACAGGAUAGAAGUUGUUAACAUGCUGGUCCCUUUUGCAGUGGUGGACAUUGUGAGGAAUUACACCGCUGAUUAUGACAAAACUCUAAUUUUCAACAAGAUUCACCAUGAACUUAACCAGUUCUGCAGUGUACACACACUACAGGAAGUCUACAUCGAGUUGUUUGACAUUAUAGAUGAGAACCUAAAGACUGCGUUGCAGAAAGAUCUUAAUGUAAUGGCACCGGGACUUACAAUACAGGCAGUCCGUGUUACCAAGCCAAAGAUCCCAGAGUCUAUCAGGAGGAACUUUGAGCUCAUGGAAGCAGAGAAGACUCGUCUGUUGAUAACAGCUCAGACUCAGAAGGUGGUGGAAAAGGAAGCAGAGACUGAAAGGAAGAAGGCCAUUAUUGAGGCUCAGAAGGUAGCUCAGGUUGCAGAGAUCCAUUUCCAGCAGAAGGUGAUGGAGAAGGAGACGGAGAAAAAAAUCUCUGAAAUUGAGGAUGCUGCCUUCCUGGCACGAGAGAAGGCUCGGGCUGAUGCAGAAUAUUACUCGGCUGCUAAGCUGGCUGAAGCAAACCGGGUGAAGUUAACCCCAGAGUACCUGGAGCUGAUGAAGUACCAGGCCAUAGCAGCUAACAGUAAGAUCUACUUCGGCCAGGAUAUCCCCAACAUGUUUGUGGAGGGAAACAAUGGCCCAAAGUCUGAGCGCCCACCCAAUCUUCCAAAUGGUCAGCCAGACUUGUUUAAUAAAGUGAAGCUAGAGGGGCAGUGAGCCCUUAGCUCUGCCUCUGCACAGGAGAACCUGUAGAGGACUUGAGAGCGCUGAAAGAAAAUAAUGGGUGGGAUAGCUUUGCAGCUGGUGUGGUGAACAGCACACUUCAGUCUUAAAUCAAAGUGGCAAAGGAUGAGCGGGAACAUUUAAAGAUAAGCUGAAGUAAGAGGGAGGAAAUGCAAGAUAAAAGGGAACGUUUUUUUUAUCUUCCACUCUUUGAGAAAAGACAAGUUUUAGGAACGAGAAUGAUGCCAUAGUUAAAAAUCAAAAGCAUAAUAAAUGCUUAUGCCUGGGAAGGCGACAGCAAGUAGUCGCCCUAAUUUACAUGUGCUUGCAACCAGUGCAGUGUUUAACUUUGCUGUUGGAGCUGCAUUACUUCUGUUUGUUUGUAUGCAAGAGGAGUGAUUUGUGAUGAAAAUGUAUAUGAUUUCUUUGAGAAUUUUUUUUCUGGUUUCGCUGAACUGGAAUCUCAACAGGUGACACUAAUUAAAAGCGAGAUGGUUUGCGCAAGUGUGUGAUGUGAGCAGGUCAUCUCUGUGCCAUCUUCUCUUCCACAAAAUCACUAGUUGGCUCUUCUCUCUCAACACGAGUCAGUGUGAGGGCAGUUUAGUCUCAUCUCUUGUCAAAUGCUGCUUGUAGAUAAAAUAGUUAUGUUAUAUGCAGUAGUUGGAGCAUUUUACAUGUGAUUAUUUUUCAGCAGUCGUUCACCAUCCACCUACAUCUCCAGUUGGCUGAACUCUUACAGAUGUGAAAAAUGAGAAGUGAACUCUUUUUUUAUGACGGAGUUCUAGAAAGAAACAAGUGGACGCAUUUUUGCUAAAUUCACCUGAGCCUGCAUAAAGUUCAGCACUAUUUCUACAGAUACUCAAGUCUUUUGAAGUUGGAGGGCUGUCAUCGUGUUUGCAGUUUCCAUAGUUAAUAUAAAGUGGUGUCAGAUUGGUAGUAAUGUAGUUUAUUUUCUGUUAGCUUAGUGGUAGUAGAUGUGGUUGAGAGUGCAGCCACCACAGAAGGACUUGAGAUGCUGCACUGCGGUGGCAUUUACUGUGAGGCCAACUGAGAAAUAAGGUUCUGCCUAAAGAAAAUCUGAUUCUAAAAGUUAAUCAAGUAAUGGUUUAAAUGAAUUAAUAUUGGAGCUGAGUAAUACAGCAGCCCAAUAACAGUGCCACCUGAAGAAAGUCAUGAUGUGUGUUGUAUGUGCAUCUUUUUUUGUUUUAUCUCCAUCUGGUUUUGAUUAUCAGGGCCAUGCAUGUUGAAAUUUGUAGUGGCUUGAUUCCGAUGAUUAGUAGUGCCUGUGACUGUCUGCCGACUCUGUUGUAAUACAGCUUAUUCAAAGGUGAUUUAGAUGUGAAUUCUCAGGAAAAUUGCGUUUAUUUUAAUAAAACAGCUGCUCAGUGUUGGUCAGAGCUUACACUGUUCCAAGGUCCAAAUUGACGAAAAAAGAAAAAUCAUACAUUCUGCAUGAUCUAGUGAAUCUGGUGAUCUGUACAUUUGAACAAACAAGAAAACAACUAUCUGAGGACAAGCAUUAAUCUAAUUCAAAUACAAGUCCUAUGUCUAAUAAAACACUUUUUCUUUUUUUUUCUUUUUUUUUUUUUUUACUGAAAAUUAGGUUUUGUGUCACCUGCAAAUAUUUAAGGUAACAUUUUUAUUUCAAUGAGGAUGUUGGUCUGUCAAAAUAGAAAUAAUAUAUACAAAAUCCCCUUUUUUCCUCUGGCAAUGUUAAUAUUUUUUCUGUAUUAAAUGAUUGUUGGACUGUCAAGUUUUUCCUCCUUUGCCAAUCAAGAUACUCCUAAUUACAACAGUGACUUGUGCUUAAUGAGAAUUUGUUUAACCUCUGAUCAGUUCUGUGUGACGACAUGAGUUUCAGUGCUACACAAACACAUGCUUUGUUCUAUUUUAAGAUGAAUGUUAAUGGGCUUAAAUAAGAUGCAAGUUGGUGCUAGUUUUUAUUGUGUUUAAGCUUUUGGAUUUUGCUCAGCAGCUCUGUGUUUGAGAAACAUGAAAUUCUUCCACUAUUCAGAAUUGAAGCCUUAAAUGAUAAUGGGUUGUCCCAGACUGAAAGAUUCAGUGAUUCAUAAACUAAAAAGCUCCUUUUGAACUUAACAGUGACUCUGUAGGAGCCUGGUUGUACACACUGUCCAGUGCGGCCUCUUCAUAGACUCUAGCUGAGACGGACAGAACUAGCAGUGGACACUACUAGUGUUUGGAAGAUGUCGUAAUGUUUACUUGACCUCUGAAUGGCAGUUAAAGGCAUUUGCUUUGGUGGUGGGUUCAAAUAAAGAUGCAUAAGAGGGGUAUGAAUCACUCAUGAAAAUGAUUUUUUUUCCUUGUGAAUAUUUUGUACAAUCUGUGAAAUUCAAACAUUGUCUCCUUGUUUUAAAAGGUUUAUAUGCAAAAGAUGUUUUCAAGUUUUGACAAUGUUCUUAUGUAAAAUAAAACCUAUUUUGGUACCUCU